AUGGUUCUCACCGGGCUCCUCAUGGGUGCCCGGGAGUUUGCUCUUUAUGGCAUGGCCAACAUCCUUUGCCAGCUGACGCUGGCAGGGGCUUGGUUCUUCGGCCCGAAGCCCAUGAACUUGCCUCUGCUCGGCUGGGCCAGCUUCGCCUCGAAUGUGGUGUUGAUGGCGGUGAUGGCCGCGACCAUCGCUCUGAAUCGCCCUCUGCGACAGAAGUAUGGGCUGAUGCUGCAGUCCGCUGA